UUCCCUGUAUAAAAUUUGGGAUAAAGGGUAAUCAUAUUUCCUAUGAUACUUGUCACACGACAUAGAAUUAUGCAUGCAUGCCGCAGGAACUAUUCUUGAAUCUUAACAUGUGAAGAUAAACUUGUUUCUCCGAUCUUUGCCCCAAAUGCCAAGAUUGUGUUUUUAUAGAUGAUGAUGAGGGCUAAAAUUUGAGGUGGAGAGAGAAAGAGAGAGUGGUCAAUAAUGGCAACUGGAAACCAAAACCAGAAAGAAAUGCCUCAGAAUCUAAGGACGCAUCUUGCUCUUGCUGUUCAAAGCUUUCAAUGGAGCUAUGCAAUUUUCUGGUCCGUUUCUUGCAUACAACCAGGGAUGCUGGAAUGGUGCGAAGGGUACUACAACGGUGAUAUAAAAACACGAAAGACUGUUCAAGUAGCUGAGGUGGACAUGGAUCAGUUGGGAUUGCAGAGAAGUGAUCAAUUAAGAGAGCUUUACGUGUCUCUGUCGCUCGGUGAUACCAAACCUCAAGCUAAGAGGCCUACAACUGCAUUAUCCCCUGAAGAUCUCACUGAUGCAGAGUGGUAUUUCUUGGUUUGUAUGUCUUUCGUGUUCAACGCCAACCAAGGGUUGCCUGGGAGAACAUUAGCUGCAAAUCAAAUGAUAUGGCUCUGCAAUGCUCACCGGGCUGACACCAAAGUCUUCUCUCGUUCUUUGCUUGCAAAGAGCGCAUCGAUCAAGACUAUUGUGUGCUUUCCCCAUUCAGGAGGUGUCGUUGAGCUCGGGACAACUGAACUAGUUCCAGAAGAUCCAAGUCUGAUUCGGCAUAUAAGUUCGUUCCUCAAGAGUCCUUCAGUGGCGGUUCCCCUUAUUCCUAACCUUGUCUUCGACAGCAGCAGUUGCAACCCAAAUGAUCUGAAUCUUGAACGACUCGACCAUGGCCACAUGCUCGAAGAUGGUCUUGACCGGCUCAUGGAUGAUCCAUACAUGGAGAUAUGUUCUCCAUAUAACUCUUCAGAUGAUUUUGCAAACAAUCUGCUGAGAGAUGAGUCGAAUUUGGUGGAAGGUGUGGGCGGUGAGGCUUCUAAACUGCAAAGCUGGCCAGUAAUGGAAGAUGCAGUCAGUAAUUGCUUGAAUAAUUCUGUGGAUUCCAGUGACUGUGUCUCUCAAACAGAGGGAGAACCCGAGACGGUAAUCCCACAUUCGGAUGGGAACAAGGAAAAGAAAAGCUGCAUGCAGGAAUGCAAUCAAAAGACAUCUUCUGAAGGCCAAGGACAUGAUGUUCAUUACCACAGUGUUCUUUCCUACCUCUUGAAGAGUUCUCACCAAUUGAUUCUUGGACCUUACAUCAGAAAUGGGAGCACAGAGUCGAGCUUCGUUUGCUGGAAGAAGGUUGGAGUUCCGGGACCCCAAAGAGGAACUACUCCACAGAAGCUACUCAAGAAAGUGCUCUUUGAAGUUGCUAGAUUACACCAAAGUUGCAGGGUUGAAUCUGAUAAACAUCACAUCUGUCCCAAAUCUGAUGAAGCCGAUAGAAACCAUGUCUUAUCUGAACGGAAGCGUCGAGAGAAAAUAAACGAGAGAUUCAUGAUUCUUGGAUCCCUAGUCCCAUCUGGUGGAAAGGGUGACAAAGUAUCGGUGCUUGACCACACGAUAGAGCACUUGAGGGAGCUCGAGAGAAGAGUGGAGGAGCUGGAGUCCUACAAGGAAGCAAUGGAGAGAGGGUCAACCACACACAGCAAAUCCCAGGAUGCCAUUGAGAGGACCUCGGAUAACUACAGAGAUGACAACAAUUCGAAGAAGCCAGCGAUGAAUAAGAGGAAGGCCGGUCAUAGGGACAAGACAGGACCUCGGUUGAGAGACUCCUCCCCAACUGAUAACAUAACCAUCAGUGUCUCAAACAAGGUGGUCUUGAUUGAGAUGAGGUGCUUGUUUAAGGAGCACGUGUUGUUCGAAGUUAUGGAGACGUUGAGCAAAAUACACCUCGAAACGCAGACUAUCCAGUCAUCCACCAAUGAUGGGACUCUCUCCAUCACUGUAAAUGCCAAGUGCGAGGGACUGAAAUCUCCAUCAGCAGUAGAGAUCAAAGAAGCUCUUCAGAAAAUUAUCAGGAAGUGUUGAACAUGUUAGACUCUGUGUUUGAGAACCUCUAAUUACUAAUUUAGCAGGUAUAAUUAUAUCUUUUCAAGUAGUGCAGUUUUUGUAACCUUUUUUUAUGAUGGACAGUAAAUAUUUCUAGUCAUGUAAAUUAAUCUCUACUGGUAUGAUUCAAACUAGAGAUUUGGAUGGAUAAACCAGCAUAACUUUUAGGUGUAGAACAGAUGAUGAACUUAAACUCAAGAGUCAAAACAGCUUCAUAAAUUUUUGU